AUGUCUGUAUCGACAUUUACAUCGAGGCCAAGCUCGAAAAUGACAAGCUUAAAUUCUGCAACUUCUUUUAUAGAGUUUCUUAAAACCUUAAAAUAUCCCAAUGCCUCAGAAUUACUUCCUGAACAACUAUUAUGGGCUACUGAACAGCCUUCAACACGCGUCUUGCUAGACUGGUUAUGUCAGUUUGUUGACCCUGACAAGAAUGUAGUAAAUAAAGAAGAGGAAGAUUCAACAAUAUUGAAACAGAUUGAAUCUCUUGAAGUCCAACUCGAUCCCUUAACUAAACAUCACGAUUAUCUACUUAGUCAAAAGAAUCAAUUGAAAUUAAAAUUGAAUGGCCUGGAAAAAGAGUUGGAAAAUUUUCAGAAAGUCAAUUUAGAUCUAGAUGACAAAAAUCGUGAACUGAACAAAAAUAUCGAACAAGAUUCAAUUAAGCUGGACUUGAAUAUGGCCGACACGAUUAAUGUCGUAAAAGAAAUUGUAAUGGAUCGUAAAAUCCAAAAUGGAAAAGGUAUUCUUGAUAAUUAUCAAGUCAAACUAAUUCAAAAUCUUUUACUAAUGGUGAUUGAGUUAGGUAAAAUACGAAGAAAUUAUAUAUUUCAAUGUUCAAAUGCACUCAAAGAAUUCUUGGAAUAUGAUCAAAGUUUUACCAAAGAAUUGGAACAACACUGUCAAAGUCUUUACUUGCCGUGUCAGCAAGAUUUAUCCAAUGGAGUUGAUUUAAUCGAUGAGAUUACCAGAUUAAAGUCCAUGUAUCCUAUCACUGAGCGAAAAUUUACAAAGGCUGCUUUAGAACACGAACGUCUACUGGCAUAUUUGAAUAUUCUACAAAAUGAAAUUCCCCGCAUUGACGCUUAUAAUCCAGAUUUUGAAAUUCUUCGUUCUAAACAUCAACAAAAUCUCAAAUUAAUAGAAUUCGUCGACGAACAAGUCAAAGGUAUUCUACUGAGAAUUGAAGAAUAUUUGAGUAUAUUAGCCGAGAUACAAAUUCAGAAUCCGAUUUUUAUUGCUGAUAAUCAGAGAAAAUCUGUGCUGCAAAUGACCAUAAACAAGAAUUUGGAACAUGUUGUUGAUCUAUUGUUAUCCCAAUACGCACGACUUCAAUUGUUGAACCAAGCGGAAAAUAUUGAAUUUGAAAAUCAGAAAACAGUUCACCAAUUACUUAUUCAUAAUAAAGAUGAAUUACAAACAAGGUUAGAGAGUACUCGGAAGCGAAUGACUUGGAUGUCUACUCUGAAUUCAGAUGAAUCAGCAAUAAAGACUGUAGUUGCAAGUGAUGAUGAUUUGUUACUUACUCUGAAGGAUUUGGUUUCUUUGGAUAAGAGUGAAUCAAAAAGGGCAUCAUAUAGUCUCUUCACGUCAUAUGAUUCACUUAAAGAAGAGAUUCGGCAUAUUGAACAACGUAAACAAUCCGCUGUGUUGCACUUGGAAGAAGAAUUGAGAGCUCAACAAGAUUUUGUUGAUAACUGUGCGCAGAUCAGCCAAAAUAUGACUGCGAUACUUUAUAAUAAUUCACCGACGUCUGAAUUAAUAUUGGCUCCAAUAGCAUUGUCAGAUUUGCAAAUUUCAUUACGUCGAAAAACUAAUCGAAUUCAGCCAAGACUGGGUCAAAUUGCCAAAGAAAUAACAAAUAAUGAACAGAUAAAAAAACGCAAGGAAAUGUUCAAAUUAUUCUAUACUGAUCCCGCCCGAUUUAGGCAACAUAUGUAG